CAACAGACUUUUCAUUUCCAAACCUAAAGUUCAAACUCAAAGUUUGUUUUACUGUCCCAUAUAAGUUCGUCCAGUAGUUCCCCUCCUCCAGGUGCACGCCCUUUGUGAGAGUCAGGGGCAAAAAAAAAAAAAAAAUCACGGAAGAGAGUCGGGCAGCGGUUCGAGUCUGACAAGUUUUUUUGACGAAGGGAGGAAAAAGGGAAAGGAAAAGAGGUUUUACUGCAGCUACUGUGAAGUGUCAAUCCCUGCUGUCCUCAAUUUAGGAGCGAAAGGAAAAAUGGAGGCAGCCAUUAAAACAGUAGUUGGGGUCUUUCUGAAGUCGGCCAAGGGAAAAGAAAACCUUGGAGCGAAAGAGUUUCAGAGUCUUGUGAAGAAUCAACUGAAGAACAUUCUAGUGGGCACAGAUGAUAAUGAAGCCGUGAAAAACAUGCGUAAAGAUCUUGACAACAACCAGGAUGGCAAGGUCAGCUUCCAAGAGUACAUGACUCUGAUCGGCUACUUGGCGGAGUCUGUCAGCACUCAGCGUUGCAGGGAAAACGAAUCGCAAGCUGAAAGUUCAGCCCAGGAAACGGCCGCAGCGAACGCAGAGCCACAGCAGGCAGAACCGAAGGAAGAACCGAAGGUAGAACCACAGGCAGAACCACAGGCAGCGAAGGAAGAGCCGGUGGCCGAAGAGGCGGCGGCCGAGGAGGAGAAGCCGGAAGAGGAGAAGGCAGAGCAGGACGAGGUCCAGCCGGCAGAGAAGCAAGCUGAAGAGCAGAAAAAAACCGAUGAAGCCUCGUAGGAGAUCGAGGAAGAUGAGAUUUGCAAAUCUUCAGUUUUUGUGUUUGUUUUACUUUUGUCAUUUUCCUUAUUGUGAUCUUUUACACACACAAGAAACCCGGCCAAUACGCUACAAAUUGUUACUGCAAAGUCGAUAUUACUAAUCUCUGAUUUCAAUAACACUUCAUACCUGUGAUUCAAAUUUUUUUUUAUCGAUUGUGUGUUAUAGAAAUUAGCCCAAUGUGAGCUAUGGUCAGAGGGCUGCAAUAACUUAUGUCAAUAUAUGAGCCAGAGUUGUUGUAAGGGUACUGCAACCACUGUCUUCCCUCUUCAAUAUCUUUAUAAAGCCACCGUGAAUGAAGACAAGGAAGAAUUUGUACGGCAGAGUUGUGUGUUGUGUUCCUCUGCUAUUGUUGUUUACUGCUCGCUUGUGCCACUUUCUAAUGACAGGGUUACUCAGUUGACUCCGGUGCUAGACGUACAUUUGUUUUUCCUAGUGUUGCAGUAAUUUAAAAAUCCCUAUGAGCCUGUUUUUAUUUUUUUAUGUUUGAUAAAGUGGCAUUUUUCCAAAUAUCACCAAAUUAUGUGCAGGGCUUGCGUUGUGGUGCAAAUCCCUUGUGAAAUUUAACCAUUGUUUUACUACGAAUACCAUGGCCGAGCAAUGGGUACUGUAGAGAAACAAUGGUAAAUUUGCGGUUAUUGGUUAUACCGCAAAUAGCACAGUAAAACCAUGGUUAACUUACCCAAAGGAUGGGAACACUGACUUAAGUCCGAAUGCUUUGUUGUUCACAUUUCUGCCAAAUUUGAGCUAUUUGCAUGAGAAUAAAGCAAUUUUGUUUUAAAUAAUGUAGUUUUAUGGCAUGCUUUAACAUUCUGGCUUUGGUAUCUAACACUAUCAUACACCCUCCAUUAUCUGUCUCUGCCUUAUUGUAGUCUUUCACACAUGCUUACAUGACAUUUAUGCAUCUAGCAGCUGUUUUUAUCCAAAUAGACUUCAAAUAGUUUUGAUAUGUUGUUUUUCUUACCGUUUAAUUUUAUGCCACAUCAAUUUGUUUAAAAGCUGCAAUAUCAGAUGCUUAGUUGGCACUCAAUAAUUAAAAACAUUUGAUAUGGAAUCUACACCGGGGGACCCUCGUGGCAGCCCCAAGUAAACACAAAAUAUCAUAUCAGUAACAGGGAGUCCCCUGAGGGCCCUUAAAUAAGAUAAGAGGCACAACAAAACAUUUUAAAAUAAAGUUAUAUUUUGUGCUUUCACAUCUAACACACAUGAUCGCUUUGCAAAAAUAUAAUCUUUGCAAAUUUAGAGCUUAGAGACUGACUUAUUAAGGGGGGUGUAAGAGGAUCUAAAAGACCACUAAUAUAUUUUUGUAUCAUUUGUAUGUAGCUACAAUUUUAUAUUAGGCAUAUCAAUGAUAUUACAUUUGUGUAUCAUCUGAAGACUUGGCGACUGUGUAAUGCAGAUCUAAUGGGCAACCCUAUCUUAGCGUUCCUUGAAUUCUUCGCCGAUUAUCAAUGAUUCAAUGAAUUUUGAUAUGUGGCGGAGACGUGACUUUUUCCUAUCAUCGUGUCAUGAAAGCCAUAACGUGAAUGAAUCCAAAUACCGGACUUAACACAAAUUCACAAACAAAGCCAUCUGUACUUUCACCGUGUAGCCAUUAGGUCUAUCUCUGUACGGUCUAACAGUUUACAUAAUACAUUAUAGAUAAUCCAUUAUGCAUUAUAGAGAUAUGUAUAGCCUACAUCAGUGUGAAAUCCUACGCUGCCUAAAAUGCACUCAUUCACAGCAUGCUAAUGAGGUCUCAUUUAGCUCAUGCUAUCAUGUAUAUCCCGGCCAUGUAAAACCGCCGCCGUUACGGCCUUGUUUGCUUUGGCGUGUCUGCCUACACAAACAUCAUGCCGGGUAUUGCUUGCUCCAGCUAUAUUAGCAUCAUAACGCCAUCAGAAAUAAGAUAGCCUUUUACAAUCAUCCUGCUAACAUCUCUGAACAUGCAGGUGUGAUGUAUACCACAUGUCUUAACCAUAUGUUGUGAUGUGGAAAACGCCAUUGCUCACAUCCCACAUGAAAUAAAUACUGUAGUAUACUUUAGUAUUUACUAUAAUAAACUAAAGUGAAAGAUACUAUAGUGUUUUAAACCUUACCAUAGUAGGCUUCAUGUUAAAGGUUAAUGCCUUAUAAUACUGUAGUAUAGCAUACUAUAAAUGAAUGGUUUACUGUAGUAAAUACUAAAGUAUACUACAGUAUUUCUUCAUGCACUAGUAUGCACAUAAUAUGGCCUUUUAAUUCAAUUUCUAGAGUUAAAAUGUUUUAUAAAAAUGCCUUUAUGAAAAUUAACCAUGGUUUUAAUAUAGUUAAAGUGUAGUACCCAAGGUUUUUAUUUUGUUUUUGAUCGCUAUUUGUAUAACCAUCAUAUAACAUCAGUGGUUACUGUAGCAAAACCAUGGUUAAUUUGUGGUUACCAUAGUAAAACCAUAGUUUUUGGUUUAAAUUUUUUAUCAUAAUCUAAUUUCCCACCACUAUAAUCUCACUAUUUUAUCUUUUUGGCCUUACUAGUUUAUUUUAAAUAGUCCUGUGGUGUUUUAUGAAAAUGCAUAGAAGUAUAAUAAAGAUGUAUUUCUUGUAAACAUAUAUAUCAUAUACCCAUAUGUAUGUUAUUUCAUAUACGCAUGUGUAUGUUAGCUUAAACCUCUAAGUUGGUAACGUGUGCACAAAUAAAAAAUAAAGCAUAAGAAACGUUUUAUCAAUCUAACAGCAGUACAGUUUACAGCCCAGGCAGGGUAACAUCUCUAGUUUGUUCAACUAAUGCAUUUCAUUAACUGUACAUAUCUGAAGUAUCCGCUCAAUGUACUGACCACAUCCGCUGCCUUUAUUUCCUAUGCUGUGUGAUUGACCAUCUCUAACUGCUCAACAAUAAAGGACUGUAAUGCAAA